CCCUGGAGGUGUAAUGCAUUCUGGGAUACCGAGGUCAUCAUUGGUUCAGUUCUUCUCGCUUGAGGGAAAAUCGCAAUCUGAUGGAAAGAAUGGAGGAGAAUGAGCAUCACACAGCAACAUUUUGUUGAUCAGUGUGGAUCUCAAGGAGUAUCACUGGAGUACGUCACCUUUUAGACAAGGGGUUAUCUGCAGCUUGAUUUAAUGCAAGCUGCAGACCUGCUUGCAGUUAUAGCACACCAUGUCCUGCAGGAUGUGUUUGGCUUUGGUGAUAUUUUAAGAGGAUCCAUGUUUACAGCAUUCCAAGAAUCAAACUCAAAUUGCCAAGGAACACUGCCCGUCAUGAGAUUCCGAAUCUACAAGAGGAAAGUGUUUAUACUGACUGUGGUGGUGCUGGCAUGUGCCUUUGCCUUUUGGAGCAGUGGAAAGCAGAAGAAGAGUGACAUGUUCUCAAAAGAGAUAGAAGUUGCAAGAAGCAACAGGGCGCAAGUCACCCCCGGGCACAGGAGACUUUUUAAUGAAACGCAGCCCGAGAAAGUCGCAAAACCAGAGGUGGACAAUAUGACUUUGGUUUACAGGGGGAUUGUGUUUCAGUUGAACUUUGACCAGACUAUCAGAAACGAGGAGAAGUUCAAGGCACGUCAACAAGAUGAGCUGGUGGUGGUGGUCCAAGUCCACAACCGACCCGAGUAUUUGAAAUUGUUAGUAGAGUCUCUUCGGAAGGCAAGGGGAAUAGAGAAUGUGUUUCUCAUAUUUAGUCAUGACUACUGGUCACCAGAGGUCAACCAGGUGGUCGCCACUGUUGAUUAUUGCCAAGUCCUUCAGAUCUUCUUCCCCUUCAGCAUCCAACUUUACCCUCAAGAGUUCCCAGGGAACGACCCCAAAGACUGCCCCAGAGACAUUCCUAAGAAAGACGCCUUAAAGUUGGGCUGCAUCAAUGCAGAGUACCCUGAUUCCUUUGGCCAUUACAGAGAGGCCAGGUUCUCCCAAACUAAGCACCACUGGUGGUGGAAACUGCACUUUGUCUGGGAGAGAGUCAAAGCCUUAAAAGACCACAAGGGGCUGGUGCUCUUCAUCGAGGAGGACCACUUCUUGUCACCCGACUUCUACCAUGUCCUCAAGCUGAUGGAAUCUCUGAAGAGGGAUCAGUGCCCUGAAUGUGACAUCCUGUCCCUGGGGGCCUACAGCCACACUGGCUUUAGCAGCAAGGUGAACAAGGUGGAGGUGAAGGCCUGGAAGUCCACAGAGCACAACAUGGGCAUGGCUAUGAGCAGGGAGACCUACCAGAAGCUCAUUCAGUGCACAGACACCUUUUGCACCUAUGACGACUACAACUGGGACUGGUCGCUGCAACACGUCACCGUCGCCUGCAUGCCGGAGUUUUGGAAGGUAAUGGUGAGUGAGGCACCACGCAUUUUCCAUGCCGGGGACUGUGGGAUGCAUCACAAGAAGGCCUGCAUGCCCUCCAGCCAAAGGACCAAGAUCGAGAGCAUCCUCCAAAGCAGCAACGACCAGCUGUUUCCAAAGAGUUUGCUCAUUAACAAGAGACUGCCUGCUGUUGGGGUGACUCCUCACGUCAAGAACGGGGGCUGGGGGGACAUCAGGGACCAUGAACUCUGCAAAAGCUACCGCAGGUUACAGUGAAUUUUUUUGUCUCCUUCGCAUCCUUCUUCAAAGCCUUUACAAUAUAUCUUUCUUUUUUUUCUUGGACCGUUAUUUUGCCUGUGGAUUUAUGGGACUGUCCCAAAUAAAGUAAAUGGGGUUUGGGCUUAUAUUGGAGUGUCUUUUAAUAACAUAAGUAAAACUUUUCUUGUGAAUGA